AUGCUCAAAUUUGCCUCCUCAAUUUCAUCUAGACCUUCUGCCCAAUACCUUGCCAGAAGCAGAGUGCCUUCAAAGUUGGCCUCCCAAGGCCUCAGAUCCAGCAUUGCUCUCUACAGCACCAAUAAUGGCACCCCAGUGACCGAAAUCAGAGACUUGGAGCUGUUUGCUGCUUUUACUGACUCCCAAAAGCCAUCAAUUGUCGAUUUCUACGCUACCUGGUGUGGUCCUUGUAAGGCUAUUGCUCCAGUUUUCGACAAGUUGGCUGGCGCUGUCCCAGAGGCCCAGUUUGCUAGAGUUGAUGUGGAUGAAGCACCAGACGUUGCUGGCCAGAACGGUGUUACUGCUAUGCCAACCAUUUUGUUCUUCAAGGAUGGAAAGGAGACAGGAAAGAUUGUUGGUGCUGACCUUCAGAAGUUGAUUCAGUUGAUCCAGACAAACACUGGCGUUGACGUCAAGACAAGAAAGCUUUAA